AACUGAGACCAAGAUCUUGCUCUAGUGGCACUUAUGAGAUCCAGUGCUGGCAACAUGGAGAAGAUAGUCAUCUGCCUGAUGGUCAUCUUCUUGGGGACAAUAGCUCAUAAGUCAAGCUUCCAACAGCAGGAUCUCCUCUUGAUUAGAAUGCGUCAACUUAUAGAUAUUGUUGAUCAGCUGCAAAAUUAUGUGAAUGAUUUGGAACCUGAACCUCUGCCAGCUCCAGAAGAUGUAAAGAGACAUUGUGAACGGUCAGCCUUUUCAUGUUUUCAGAAGGCCCAACUAAAGGCAGCAAAUACAGGAGGCAAUGAACAGAUAAUCAAUGUAUUAACUAAACAGUUGAAGAGGAAACUACCUCCCAUAAAUGCAGGCAGAAGACAAAAACACAGACCAACAUGCCCCUCAUGUGAUUCUUAUGAGAAAACACCACCAAAAGAAUUCCUAGAGAGGCUGAAAUCACUCAUCCAAAAGAUGAUUCAUCAGCAUCUCUCCUAGAAAACAUGAGAUAUGAAGGUUCCUGAGGAUCUAACUUGAAGCUGGACACUAUAUU